AAAAACCACAGUGUUGUCCCUGAGUUCAUCCUCCUCGGGCUGUCUGCCGACCCCCACACCCAGGCCCUGCUCUUUGUGCUCUUCCUGGCGAUUUACCUCCUGACCCUGAUGGGGAACCUGGUGAUGCUGCUGGUGAUCAGGGCCGAUUCUCACCUCCACACCCCCAUGUACUUUUUCCUGGGACAACUGUCCUUCCUGGAUCUCUGCCAUUCUUCUGUCACUGUACCCAAGCUGUUGGAAAAUCUACUGUCAGAGAAGAAAACAAUCUCAGUAGAAGGCUGCCUGGCUCAAGUCUUCUUUGUGUUUGCCACAGGGGGCACCGAGUCCUGUCUACUGGCAGUGAUGGCCUAUGACCGCUAUGUUGCCAUCAGCUCCCCUCUGCUUUACGGCCAGGUGAUGAGUAACCAGCUCUGUGUAGGGCUGGUGUGGGGCUCCUGGGGCUUGGCUUUUCUGGAUGCUUCUAUCAAUAUCCUUGUAGCUCUCAAUUUAGACUUUUGUGAGGCUCAAAAUAUCCACCACUUCAGCUGUGAGCUGCCUUCUCUAUAUCCUCUGUCUUGUUCUGAUGUGUCUGCAAGUUUUACUGCCCUGCUUUGCUCCAGCCUCCUGCAUUUCUUUGGAAAUUUCCUCCUGAUCUUUUUCUCCUAUGUUCGCAUUUUGUCCACCAUCCUGAGCAUCAGCUCCACCACAGGCAGAAGCAAGGCCUUCUCCACCUGCUCCUCCCACCUCACUGCAGUGAUCUUCUUUUAUGGCUCAGGAUUGCUCCGCUAUCUCAUGCCAAACUCAGGAUCCACUCAAGAGUUAAUCUUCUCCUUGCAGUACAGCGUGAUCACUCCCAUGCUGAAUCCUCUUAUCUACAGCCUAAAGAACAAGGAGGUAAAGGCAGCUAUGAGGAGAAUGUUGAAAAAAUGUUUCUAG